GAUACAGUGCAGCUACUGCUCGACCUCAGUGCAGACAUCGAGGCCAAGGAUAACACCGACUGGACUCCGCUUCACAAGGCGGCCCGGAAUGGGCACACGGAUACACUGCAGCUACUGCUCGACCGCGGUGCAGACAUCGAGGCCAAGGAUAACUCCGGCCGGACGCCGCUUCACCUGGCAACCGUGAACAGGCACACGGCUACACCGCAGCUACUGCUCGACCACGGUGCAGACAUCGAGGCCAAGGAUAACACCGACUGGACUCCGCUUCACUGGGCGGCUGAGAACGGGCACACGGCUGCACUGCGACUACUGCUUUACCGCGGUGCUGACAUCGUGGCCAAAGACCGAUACGGUAUGACGGCGCGGCGGCUAGCGGUGCAGAAAGGGCACGGGCACGAGCGCGUUGCACGGUUGCUCCUUGAUCGAGAGGCC